CCAUCAGUGCCACAUCAAUGCCACAUAUCUGUGCCUACCAGUGCACAUCAAUGCCACAUAGCAGUGCCCAUCUGAGCUGCCUUUCAGUGUCACCCAUCAGUGCCACCAAUCAGUGCCACCUAUCAGUGCUGCCAAUCAGUGCCACCUAUCAGUGCCAGUCAGUGCCACCUAUCAGUGCGCAUCAGUGCCACCUAUCAGUGUGCAUCAGUGCCGCCUAUCAGUGCCGUGUCAGUGCCUCCUAACAGUGCCAGUCAGUGCCGCCUAUCAGUGCCAGUCAGUGCCGCCUAUCAGUGCC